AUGGAGGUACCUAAAACACACGGAAUUUCUGCAAACAUCUAUGGGCGGGGAGACCGUUCCCUCGGCGAUAGGCCUUGCCACGUUGGUCUUGCCGUGUAUGAAUUGGGCUCUGAUAUCUGUGAAAUGCAUCAUAUCCGUUGUCCCCAGGACGACAUGUACAUCUAUGACCCUCGAACUCAGCCUCUGGAGGACUCCGUUUUGCGCGGUCGAUGUGAAUUAGUCCAAGUAUCCACCUCAAAGAAGCAGACUGUCAUUGAAAUCCUUGACAAAUUUGGCCUUGACUCUACCAAUAUCCCGGAAGUGGGCGUGGGCAAUUGUCAGGAUUGGCUCGCGGAUGCAGUGCAGGAACUGGAGAAGCACGGUAUUCUUCCAGACGGAGAGGGAGAUUAUUGGAGAAACAUGAUAAACUUGACCUCAGAUCAAAUGAAGAAGCGUUGUGAAGAUGAUGGAAAACAGUGGAUUGAUGGACCGGGGCUAAUCCCAUUCGAUGGCAUCCCGGAUGCUAGGUAUUCAGAUGUGGAGAGGAGAAAUAUCGGGAAACUGGCUCAGAGUCCUAUCAUACAAGAGAAAUUGGAGUCACUAAUCGGUAACAAAGUUGGCUCUGGUCCGUUAGUUCCUGAUGACGAUCCCCAUCGGCUCUAUGUGUCCAGUCCCUUCUUUAGCCAGACAAGAGGCUAA